AUCAGCCAGUCUCAGUGCCUUCCUGAGAACAGGCCAGUAUGCCCAAGAUAGCCCUGAAUGGCGUGACAGUGGACUUCCCCUUCCAGCCGUACAAAUGCCAGGAGGAGUACAUGAGCAAGGUCCUGGAGUGUCUGCAGAAGAAAGUGAACGGCAUCCUGGAGAGCCCCACAGGCACAGGGAAGACACUGUGCCUCCUCUGCACCACGCUGGCCUGGCGGGAGCACCUCCGUGACACCAUCUCUGCCCGCAAGAUCGCCGAGAGGGCGCAGGGGGUGCUUUUUGUCGAUCACACCUUGUCCUGGGGAGCUGCCGCUUCCGAUGGAGACAGCACAGCCUGCUACUCGGACGUCCCAAAGAUCAUUUAUGCCUCCAGGACCCACUCGCAGCUCACUCAGGUCAUCAGCGAGCUUCGGAGCACCUCCUACCGGCCCAGGGUAUGUGUGCUGGGUUCCCGGGAGCAGCUGUGUAUCCACCCUGAGGUGAAGAAGCAGGAGAGUAACCACAUGCAGAUCCACUUGUGCCGGAAAAAGGUGGCCAGUCGUUCCUGUCACUUCUACAACAACGUGGAAGAGAAGAGCCUGGAGCAGGAGCUGACUACCUCCAUCCUGGACAUUGAAGACCUGGUCAAAAGUGGGAACAAGCACAAGCUGUGCCCGUACUACCUGUCUCGGAACCUGAAGCAGCAGGCUGACAUCAUCUUCAUGCCGUACAACUACUUGUUGGACGCCAAGAGCCGCCGGGCGCACAGCAUUGACCUGAAGGGGACGGUUGUGAUUUUCGACGAAGCUCACAAUGUGGAAAAGAUGUGUGAGGAGUCGGCAUCCUUCGACCUGACCCCCCAUGACGUGGCUUCUGGACUGGACGCCAUAGACCAGGUCUUGGAGGAGCAGACCAAGGUGGCACAGCAGGGCGAGUUCCACUUGGACUUCAGUGCGGACUCUGUCGCCUCAGGGCUGCGCAUGGAGUUGGAAGACCUCGCCAAGCUCAAGGUGAUCCUGCUUCGCCUGGAGGGGGCCAUCGAUGCCGUUGAGCUGCCGGGGAACCAGAGUGGUGUCACCAAGCCAGGGAGCUACAUCUUUGAGCUGUUUGCCGAAGCCCAGAUAACCUUUCAGACGAAAGGCUGCAUCCUCGACUCCCUGGACCAGAUCAUCCAGCACCUGGCAGGACGUACGGGGCCGUUCACCAACACAGCGGGGCUGCAGAAGCUCUCAGACAUCAUCCAGAUUGUGUUCAGUGCAGACCCUGCGGAGGGCGUGUCUAGUUCCGUGAUGGGGCCUGGGGUCUCUCAAUCCUACAAGGUGCACAUCCACCCUGAUGCCAGUCACCAGAGGACAGCUCGGCGAUCAGACGCCUGGAACGCCACGGCGGCCAGAAAGCAAGGGAAGGUGCUGAGCUACUGGUGCUUCAGCCCCGGCCACAGCAUGCGCGAGCUGGUCCGCCAGGGCGUCCGCACCCUCAUCCUCACCAGCGGCACACUGGCCCCCGUGUCCUCCUUCGCCCUGGAGCUGCAGAUCCCUUUCCCAGUCUGCCUGGAGAACCCACACGUCAUCGACAAGCACCAGAUCUGGGUGGGGAUCGUCCCCAAAGGCCCCGAUGGAGCCCAGCUGAGCUCUGCCUUUGACAAACGGUUUUCUGAUGCAUGCCUGUCCUCCCUCGGCAAGGCGCUAGGCAACAUCGCCCGCGUGGUCCCGCACGGGCUCCUGGUCUUUUUCCCUUCCUACCCCGUCAUGGAGAAAAGCCUGGAGUUCUGGCGGGCCCGUGACUUUGCCAGGAAGCUGGAGUCCCUGAAGCCUCUAUUUGUGGAGCCGAGGAGCAAAGGUGGCUUCUCAGAGGUGGUGGAUGCUUACUACACUCGAGUCGCCUCCCCCGGGUCCAGCGGGGCUACUUUCCUGGCUGUGUGCCGGGGGAAGGCCAGCGAGGGGCUAGACUUUGCGGACACGAACGGCCGCGGUGUGAUCGUCACGGGCCUGCCGUACCCCCCACGCAUGGACCCCCGGGUGGUCCUCAAGAUGCAGUUCCUGGACGAGUUGAAGGGCCGCAGCGGGCCUGGAGGUCAGCUCCUCUCUGGGCACGAGUGGUACCGGCAGCAGGCGUCCAGGGCUGUGAACCAGGCCAUCGGGCGGGUGAUCCGGCAUCGCCACGACUACGGGGCCAUCUUCCUCUGUGACCACAGGUUCACUCACGCGGACGCCAGAGCCCAGCUGCCCUCCUGGGUGCGCCCCCACGUCAAGGUGUAUGACAGCUUCGGCCACGUCAUCCGGGACGUGGCCCAGUUCUUCCGUGUCGCCCAGAAAAACAUGCCGGUGCCGGCCCCCCUACUCGCUGCCCCAAGUCUGGGUGAGGGAGAAGGUGCUGUCAUGGUGGCCGUGUCGCCCGGCCCCCUCUCCACCAGGAAAGCCAAGAGUCUGGAUGUGCACGUCCCCAGCCUGAGGCGGAGACCCGCGGGGUCGCCGACCAGGGACGCCGAGAGCAGCCUGUGUGUGGAGUACGGGCGGGAGCUGGCCCUCGCUCAGCAGAGGCCUGUGGGGCUGCUGGCAGCCCUGGAACACAGCGAGCAUCUGGCUGGGGGGCCUGGGGACAAGGCCUCCCCUGGGGAGGAGAAGGCAGCGCAUGUCUCCACCCUGUCCCUCCCACGUGAGAAGAGGCCCGCACAGCAGCAGAAAGGAGGCAGAAGGAAGAUCAGGCUGGUGGGCAGCCGGCAGGAGGGGCCGGCGGCCAGUACACAGGCGGGCAGGGCCAAGCUGUUCAUGGUGGCCGUGAAGCAGGCGCUGAGCCAGGCCAGCUUCGACACGUUCACCAGGGCCCUGCAGGACUACAAGGGCUCUGACGACUUUGAGGCUCUGGUGGCCUGUCUCGGCCCGCUCUUUGCUGAGGAUCCCAAGAAGCACGGCCUGCUCCAAGGCUUCUACCAGUUCGUGCGGCCACACCACAAGCAGCAGUUUGAGGAGGUCUGCCUGCAGUGGACAGGCCAUGGCUGCGGCUACCGGCCGGAGCACAGCCUUCCUCAGAGGCGGGGCGCUCCGUCAGCCCAGGCCCCCAGGGGAAGGAGGGAGUGUGACCCAAAGCUGACCCUGUCCCAGGGUGCAGCCGGGCAACUGGACCCUGGACAGCACCUGAAUCAAGGCAGGCCUCACCUGGUCUCCGGACCAGCCCUGGCAGGAGACCCCAGCAGCUGUCCAAAAGAGGGUGGAUCUGGAGCCCCCAGGGUGGAGAAGCAAGGCCCGCCUGUGGGGAGCGCCUACUUGGCCGAUGUCCGAAAGGCCCUGGGGUCCGAAGGCUGCAGCCAGCUCCUCGCAGCGCUCACCGCCUACAGACGGGACGGUGACUUCGAGAAGGUGGUGGCCGUGGCGGCCGCACUCACUACCUCAAGGCCCGAGGACUUGCACCUGCUGGAGAGGUUUGGCGCGUUCCUGAGACCUCGCCACCAGCAGCGCUUCCGGCAGGUGUGCGCCGACCUGAUGGGCCCGGCCGCCCCGACCGCGGGCCCUGAGCCGCCGGGUCCCCAGGACGGGACCCCCACCGUGCCUCCCGACCUCGCCCACGGUGAUUCCAGGCCAGACUCGCGCCUGUGUCUCCAGGCCCCCCAGGACAGGACAAACCGGGGAGGACCCAGAGCAAGAUCUUGGCCUUCCUUAAACCGAGGCAGGCCGGGGAUGCGGGGGCUCCCAGCCAGCCCCCCAGCGCCCCCCGCAGGCACGCGCCCUCCGAGUCCGGCUCGGCGUGCCCCGGCUGCGGGGCGGAGGACACGGUCCCUUUCCAGUGCCCUUCCUGCAACUUCCACCGCUGCCGGGCCUGCUGGCGACGGCUCCUCCAGGCCUCUAGGACUUGCCCGGCCUGCCACGCCCCUGCCAGGAAGCAGAGCAUCACGCAGGUCUUCUGGCCAGAGCCCCAGUGAGGCUGGAGACCCUCGGGCAGGCGGACGCCGCCUCUGUCCCAGACGCAGCUGGGGCACUUGUCCCUUCACGGGGUGCGGGCCACGGGCCAGGCCAGUGCCCGUGGGGAUGCCCCUGAAAUGGCAGCAGGAUCGGCGCCUGCCUAUGAGAAGCCCCGAAGUACCCUUAGGGUCUGGGGAGGGUCUGCUAAAAGGUACCUCUUCAGAACUUUACUUGGCUGCUUGUUUGUGGGUAGAGCUUCAGGCGUUUGGCUGCUGCGGCCUGAGCCCAGGACUGGAAGGUGGGGGAAACGCUCUGCUCCCUCCUCUCUGGGACCUGUGUGUGUGCACGCGCGCGCAGUGGACCUGCUUUUAAUCAGGUGACAGGUUCUCUAAUAAAGUUGCGGAUACCGUA